AUGGGUGUCGCCAAAAGGACAAGAAAAUUCGCGACGGUCAAGCGCAUGAUCGGCCGGCGGGAUGAUCGCCGCAAGGAAGACGUCGUCAAGAAAGCCGAGCUGGAGAAGAACAAGAAGCAGGAGGAGGCCGUCCGGGAAGUGCCCCAGAUGCCGUCGUCUAUGUUCUUUCAACACAAUACGGCCUUGGUUCCUCCCUAUCAAGUCCUCGUCGAUACCAACUUCCUCUCGAGGACAGUAGGAGCCAAGCUGCCACUACUGGAAUCAGCUAUGGAUUGUCUCUACGCGUCGUGCAACAUCAUUAUCACAUCUUGUGUCAUGGCUGAGUUAGAGAAGCUUGGGCCAAAAUACCGCGUGGCGUUGAUGAUUGCCCGCGAUGAGAGGUGGACUCGCCUGACAUGCGACCACAAAGGCACAUAUGCCGAUGAUUGCAUUGUCGACCGCAUCCAAAAACACCGCAUCUACAUCGUAGCCACAAACGAUCGCGACCUCAAGAGGAGAAUUCGCAAGGUUCCAGGCGUGCCCAUCAUGUCGGUCCAAAAGGGGAAAUACGCCAUCGAGCGACUACCAGGUGCCCCCGCCACUUGA